UUUGGCUUCUCCAUGAUUCUCAUGGCGUCAUGGGAAACUUCUCUGAGGUGGGUGGGAUUACAAGCUGGAAUCGAGCAUUGUUUAACAUUGCGGCAGUGUUUCAACUAUUGGCCUCGUAAACGGCGGUACCGCCGGUCUGAUUUGGAUGUUUUUCAUCUGCUGGAUGGGCUUCAUUCUUAUUAACACCUCGAUGGCCGAAAUGGCCUCUAUGGCUCCAACGACUGGCGGGCAAUACCACUGGGUGUCUGAAUUCUCCCCUAGAAAGCACCAGAAGUUCUUGAGCUACCUCAUGGGAUGGCUCUGUGUCCUCGGAUGGCAAACCUGCUGCGCCGCAGCCGCCUAUCUCGCCGGGACUCAAAUCCAAGGCCUCGUCGUGCUCAACUACCCCAACUACAUCCCCGAGGGCUGGCACGGGACCCUCAUCACAGUAGCCAUCGCCGCCUUCGCCGUUCUAUUCAACACAGUCCUAGCCCGAAACCUGCCCUUGAUCGAGGGCAUCGUCCUCGUGAUCCACAUCUUCGAUUUCCUAGGCAUCCUCGUAGCCCUCUGGGUUUUGUCCCCGCGAGCAGACGCUAAAACCGUCUUCACAAAAUUCAGCGAUGGAGGCGGCUGGGGCAGUUUAGGAGGCAGCACGCUCAUCGGUGUUACAGCGGGUAUCAUCCCCCUCAUCGGCGCCGACGCUGCCGUCCACAUGUCAGAAGAAGUCCGCGAUGCCGGCAGAACCGUCCCGCGCUCCAUGAUCUCAACGACUGUCAUCAACGGCGCCCUGGGCUGGAUCAUGAUCAUAACGUACUGCUUCUGCCUCGGCGACUUGGAGGAAGUCCUCGCCAGCCCAACAGGAUACCCUUACCUACAGGUGUUCUACAAUUCCACCCAGUCGAUCAGCGGCGCGACGGUCAUGGCGGUUUUCGUCAUUUUCAUGGCUAUUUUCUGCAAUUUGACGAUGGUCGCCACCGCGUCGAGACAGCUGUACGCUUUUGCUCGCGAUGAUGCGAUUCCGUUUAGUCCGUGGUUUGCACGAGUUUCGCCUACGUGGGAUGUACCGCUCAAUGCUAUUGUCACGACUUUUGCUGUGUCUAGUAUCCUUGCGCUCAUUAACAUUGGCUCAGCAGCAGCGCUGAAUUCCAUCACGUCUUUGGCAACUACGUCGUUGCUUUCCAGCUAUAUUUGCUCUAUAGGCUGUAUGAUCUGGAGGCGUUGGACGAAACAGCCUCUGCUGCCUUCUAAGUUCAGUUUGGGCAGGUGGGGACUUGCCGUCAACAUUGCCUCGGAGGUUUUUCUGGUCAUUGUUUUCGUUCUGGCUUUCUUCCCUCAAAUACCCGCGCCUGAUACGGUGGCUAUGAACUGGAAUAUUCUUAUCUACGGCGUCGUGGUAGUUUUCUCCAUGGUUUAUUAUUUCUUUUCUGGGAGGCAUAAGUAUGCUGGACCUGUGGAGUACGUGAGGAAAUUGGACUGAUGAACUAUGGGACAUGGAGAGAGCAUGCCUUGGAUUUCCUAACUGACUUCGAUAUGGGGUUCUUAUCAAAAUUUGAAUCUUCGGCAAAGUAUUCAGAGUUGAUGUACCUCAAUAGAGCAAAGACUAGAUCCUAUUCUGACUGCGAUACGAAAUUUCCCAAUCGUUAUAUAGUGACAGGCCAGAUCUACCCUA